AUGACACCGUGGAUCUUGACAUUUCUAACAGUUCCCAUAUAUUUCACAUCAGCUAUAGAUAGUGAACCAUCUUGGGGCCUGGAAAAUGAGGCUUUAAUUGUGAAAUGUCCAAAUAACGUGCAAUCUCUUUACCCUGUGGAAUGGUAUCACUCAACAACAAACCAAAGAAUUUCUACCCAGAAAGGAAAUCGUGUAUUUGCCUCAGGGGAACUUCUUAAGUUCCUACCAGCGAAAGUCAACGAUUCUGGAAUUUAUACUUGCAUUAUCAGAAGUCCCACCCUCAGUAAUAUUAGAUAUGCUAAUGUCACCAUAUAUAAAAGACAACCAGAUUGCCGGAUACCAGACGAUUUCAUAUAUUCAACAGUACAUGGAUCAGAAAAAAAUGCCAAAAUACAUUGUCCUAACGCUGAAUUCUACAAUUGGACAGCACCUCUUGUGUGGUUUAAGGGUUGUAAGGCCCUGCAAGGACCAAGAUACGUGACACACAGGGCAUAUUUGGCCAUUGACAACGUAACAAGUGAUGAUGCAGGGGAUUACACAUGUAAAUUAUUACACAGUGAAAAUGGAGUCCAUUACCCUGUGACAGCAACCAGAUCAUUCAUAGUCAAAGAGAAGCAAGGCUUUUCCAUGUUCCCAGUAAUUUUAGCUCCUCCACCAAAUGAAACAAAAGAAGUCAAAAUAGGAGAAACAGCAAACCUAACGUGCUACGCUUGCUUUGGGAAAGGCCCUCAGUUCCUUGUUCAUGUCCUGUGGGAAGUUAAUGGAAGUAACGUUAGAGACUUUGGUGAAGCAAGAAUCCGAGAGGAGGAAGGACCCAAUGAAAGUUCUAGCAAUGAAAUGACUUGUCGCAACAAACUCUUGAGGAUAACUGACGUGAACGAGACGGAUUUAUCUCUGCAAUUUGACUGUGUGGCCCUGAAUCAUUAUGUUAUAAAAAGGCACACCACGAGACUAAGUCGGAAAAAGCCAACUAAUUAUCAGAGCACCUACCACUUAGUUGCUGGAGGUAGUAUAUUGUUAGUGUUAAUCAUUGUCUUGGUGAUCAUCCUAAAAGUGUUCUGGAUUGAGGUGAUUCUGCUCUGGAGAGACACAGUUCGACCUUACAAAACUAGGAAUGAUGGAAAGCUCUAUGAUGCUUAUGUUAUAUAUCCACACGAUUACCAACAGAGUUCAGAGGAGAUCAGUUCUGUGGAACAUUUUGUCCACCAGAUUAUGCCCAAUGUCCUUGAAGAUAAGUGUGGAUAUAAAUUAUGCAUUUAUGGGAGAGAUCUACUACCUGGAGAAGAUGCGGUCACUGCGGUGGAAUCCAGCAUAUGCAAGAGCAGGCGGCACAUUUUCAUCCUGUCUCCUGUCAUCGUGCACAGCAAAGAGUUUGCCUAUGAGCAGGAGAUCGCCCUGCACAGCACCCUCAUCCAGAACGACUCCAAGGCGAUCCUGAUUGAGAUGGAGGCUCUGAGCGAGCCAGACGCUCUGCAGGAUUCUCUCAAGCACCUGAUGGAAGUGCAGGGCACUAUCAAGUGGAGGGAAGACAAUGCUGCCAACAAAUGGUCCCUGAAGUCCAAGUUCUGGAAACACGUGAGAUACCAAAUGCCUGUGCCGCACAAACUGCCCAGAUAG